UUGGAGCCUGUUGGGCACCCCCCAAAUGACCAAAUGGACUCGCCCUACUCAAUCAUGCACUUCAGCAUACACUGCAAAGAGCAUGCUUUCACCUUUAGGAUUGUCUGCGCUUCUUGAAGUCACCCUGGAUUAUUCUUUCCGACGAGGCAGGUGGAAGCAGCUCUUGCCUCAGGGGGAAUGAAGAGAAGAUGUGGAUGUAAUGUCAAACAAAUUCUGACAUAAUGAAGACUUGAAUGGAUGUCAAAUAAGUUGCUAAUUGCACAUAAAGUAAAUGAAAACCACUGUAUGAUAUUUAGAGGUUCCCUGGACAUUGCUAGAUGAGCUACAGAUAACAGUAGAUUUCUAUUUGAGCUUGAAAAAGGCCAAAAAGAUGUCCUCAGUUAUCAACCCCCGAGACAGUGUGGAGGUGAUGGAAAAAGAGAGCAAGAAGAUAGUGGAUGAAAAAGCCAUUCCUGAAAGUGAAGAUGGCGCCAAUGACAAAGGCUCAUUCAACUGUAACGUGUGUGGACGCAGCUUCCCCUUCCUCAGCUCUCUAUCCCAGCACAUGAGGCGGCACACGGGGGCACGACCCUACAAGUGCCCCUACUGCGACCACCGGGCCUCCCAGAAGGGCAACCUCAAAGUGCACAUUCGAAGCCACAAUCUCGGAACUCUGUCUACUCACCAUUCCAAUGAGGACGAUGGGGGGGAGGAGGAGGAGAUGAGCGUUUCAGAGGGGCUUGACGGGGGAACGAGCCCCACUAAAAGCAGUUCAGCGUGCAACAAAAUGAUCAAUGGUAACGCGACAGAGGAGAGCCGUAGGAAGCUGCCUGUAAGGAGUUUGAAAAGAGAGAAAUCAGCAUCGGACCAGCGGCCUUUCUGUUGUCGCUUGUGUGGUUUUGAAGCACAGAGGGAAGACCAAUUGUUAAGUCACAUAGAGAAAGUUCACAUUACAGCAGACGCAGAGGAAGAGACUGUAGUGAAGGAGGAGGCCUUGUCUGAACCUGAUGCAGCUCCAUCUCAAGAUGACGGUAGCUUCCCCUGUGAGACAUGUGGCCAAGUCUUCACCCAGGCCUGGUUCUUAAAAUCACAUAUGAAAAAACACGCUGGAAUUUUUGACCACUGCUGCAGAAUCUGUGGACGGCGGUUUCGUGAGGCCUGGUUUCUCAAGUCUCACAUGAAAACUCACAACACAAAAUCCAGGUCACGAUCGAGAGCUGAUUCCUCCGAGCACCCUGCUACCAUCAACGAUGUGGCGCAAGACCCUGAAAUUGUCUCCUCUGUUACAUCCAGCUAUCAAAUGUGCUCCAAAUGUGGCAAUCUCUUCCAUACUAAAGAAAGCCUGCGAGCACAUGACAAAGUUCACAGUUUUAGUUAUGGGAAGAAAUCUCAAAACCAAUGCAGGCCUUGUGAAGAGGAUCCUCCCGCUGCUAAGAGAUGUCUCCUUGACUACUUAAGACUAAAACCUGUAGAGGAAAAUACACAGAAUGAAGAGGCGGAAUGUGAAGACAAGGUGUUGGGUCAGAGGAUUCCAGAGUUGGAUCCUGUUUGUAGCUAUCAGGCUUGGCAGUUAGCCACGAAAGGCAAGGUGGUAGAACCUGUUGAACCCAGUCAUAAGACAUCUAACGGAGGAGGAAGUAGCACAGAGGAGGGCUUGGGUACGGCUGCUGUGGUCUUCGAGAAAGAGAGCAGUCGUUAUGUGUUGCAGGGUCAGGAGAAGAAGGGCCCAGGCAGACGCAGUAGCUCCGCACAGGGCAGUCAAGCUUCAUCAGGCGAGAGGACACCAGAGAGCCUCAGUGACUCAGAGUACAGACCUGCAUCUCGACAGGACAGAAAGCGCCCCUCCCAGUCCCCAGCUCCAUCUAAGGUCAACGAGUGCCUGGAGUGUGGGAAGGUGUUCCGCAGUCGCCACCAGAUGGUUCUACACCAGAAGGUCCACAGCAAAGACAGAAGUGGCAGGGCUUCUGGAGGAAAAGACAGCACCACAAAACAGGACCGCUGUGGCUCCAACAGUGAUCCUGAUUCAAGGUCCCCAAGUCGACCCAGCACCCCGGGAUACGGAGACUCUCCUCCAGCCUCAGCAAUGGGACAAGAGGCCUCUGAGAUGGGCUCUGCUAAUGCUGGAGUCAUAGCAGAUGUGAAGCCCUAUGUCUGCAGCCUGUGUGAUUUUGUUACUACUGAUUCCAGCUCUUACAAGACUCAUCUUCGUGUUCAACAUCCAGGUUCCCAUGACGACAGCCCCAGCCCAAGCUCCAGCUCUGACCGAGGGACCCCCAGUGGCUUCUCUAAACUAAAGAAAGCUCUUCUUCAUAGCAUGAACAACUCUGUUUCCUCUUCUACUGACCUUUCGCUGAAUUCCUCUUUGCUCGACCCAAGUUCUGUACCUGUAAAUCUGUGUGUUAGAACAGAGGAGCAUAGGGGUACAAGCACCAUGGCGAUGGACAGGAAGAACCUCCCCAGUCACAAGUGUUCCUUCUGCUCUCACUCCACCCGCUACCCUGAGGUCCUGUGGAUGCACCAGACUGUGGCACACCGCAUCAACAGCAGUAGCUCUAGUCUUGCUCCAAAAUGGGCCCCUAAAAACACCCCAAAAAGCUCCAAAGAGAAUUCACUCUCCUGGAGGAGGCGUACAGGCCCACCACCUGUUCUGGAAGGAAAGGAAUGCCCACCUUUGACCCCACUGUCAAGAUCAAAACGCACCCAACCACCAAACCAUUCAAAUGAACCAAUUAAGAAAAGCAGACCCAGCAGUAAUUCCACUAUACCAUCAUCCUCAACAUCUGCCUUUUCUAAGAAAGCAGUGUCAAGCCAAAGUGGUAGGCCUCCUGUACGUCCACAAGGGGGCAGCACCAGCAACAUAAGAUCCACACCAGAACAGAGUCACCAGUCUUAUUUUAAACCCAAAGUAGACAAUAUUUACCCCCGGACAUCCUCUUCAUCGUCUUUGGAGAAAAGUUCUAACUCCUUAUUACGUUCUUCAAAAUCUAGUCCUAGCCCAACUCAGGCCCCACGGACAAAUGAGCGCUAUGUGAUGCCUCAGGAGGGGUUAGGGUUCAUGCUGUCCAGUAAACAUGCACUAGCAGACUACAACAGAGCACGGGGAUCCCAUCACCAGCCCGUAUCCAGCUCUCACAGCCAAAGCCGAGCUAAUGCUACAAGGGCCAGUGCAAUCACCCACAGCUCAACACACAGUAACCUAUACGCACAGGUCCAAGGAGGAGCCCUGCAGAACCACUCAUCUGCUGCUCUGCCUUCAGAAGGUCAUAAAGAGGUCAGGCAGGAGUCAGGGUCUGAGGCUGCUGCAGCUGAGAUGCCCGCAGAUGUCCUCGGCUUUCUCAAGAACUACAGCCCACAUGAACUGGCAGCGCUCUAUCACCGUUGGGGAGCAGCCAAUGCCAUGCUGGACCCCACAGGGAUGCUGCGAUCUCUAAUGCGGCAAGGACAAUACUUCUGUCAUGAGUGUGGAAAGAGCUUUAGCCAGCCAAGCCACCUGCGCACACACAUGAGGUCCCACACAGUUGGGUUUGAUUUUAACGGACUCCACAGAGGCACUGACGCCACUCACGCCACCGCUUCUGAGGCUCCCAAACAAGGGAGAGGCCAUUCUGCUGCCAGCUCUGCCCAUACCGAGCCUCUCAGAAAGGGAACCUAAAGACACACGUCCAGAGUGUCCACCACAUGCCCUUUGACAACAGCCAGUGUCCAGAGACCAAGGCACUACAAGUGGACCGAACAGAGCAGGGAGGCCUGGUUUCCAAGCAUGUCCCGAGACCACAACAGCAAUGAAAGAUUAUUUAAGAUAGAGGACCUGAAUUGGCAAUUUUGGCAGACUAACUUGAGAAGACAAACCCACAAUGGUAACAAUUUUGAAUGUCGUGGAGCUGAUUUUUUGAGGAAUUUCUCUUGUUAGAAAUUCCAGGUCACAAUGACAAAUGGAUUUAUUUUGGAAAUGUUUUCUUUACAAACGACUCCCUUGUCUUAAAGUUUGAAUAAUGAAGCACUGACGAAGGGUUGUUUACAUCACCUUUACAGAUAGAAGCCCUCAUAAUUUAAAAUGGAUACCCCUGCUGCCAUUUUGGAGGAACUGGAUACAAGGUGUCUAUUAUCAAAGUGGAUUUUUAUUUUUUUUUUUGUGGACAUUGCUUUGCUGCCCUCUUUAUUUGAAUUUUAUGGUAAUAGAUACCAAUCAUAUGACCCAGGCUUGAGUGAAAGAACGCACCCUUCUUUUGUACUAAACAUCUUUGAUAUUUGUUUCAACAUAAUCAAAUUGGAUACUUGCCUCUUGCCUGCAUGUUUGUGCCCUCCCCACUCUAACAUCUGGGAAGUGCAGUGACCACUUGGAAGCUGCGAUGAUUAGAAGAAGUGCUUGGAUAAAGGAGAGAGAGAAAAAGAAGUGCGCACUAAUGGGGGCGUCCUCUUUAGUGCUCAUUAAAAAGACUGUACGUUUUUAAUAGCCAGUAUAAAUGAGCACUGGGUUUUUAUGUUCGCUCAAUUACUGGCCGUUUAGAAGGAAAGGAGAACUGAACGUAGGUUGUUUGGCUUCGUAACUCCUGCAUAUUACAGGAUUAUUGCGACUCCGAAGUGGUGACCUCGUGAUGCCAGUUUGCCCGACUGAAAAGCUCCACCUUUUGUUUUUGCAAAAGAUUUUAUGGUACGGUUAUUAUUAGCCCACUAAUAUUUUCAUUUUUAACUGCUGUAACAUGCUGGUACUAGAAUUACCAUUAAGAUGAUAUUAAUUAGUCGUUACACUUUAUAUGACUGGCCAUGUUUAGUAUUGGAAUUUCCUGUAGACAUAUUACAAUUGUUAUUUUAAAUAGUUUAAUAGAUGAUUUGAAGGUAAUAGUGGCAAAUCAGAUGUUGGUACUACUGAUUUUUACCAGAUUUCUCAGAGUUAAAAGUUCACAGAGGGUCAAAAGUCAUGCUUCUAUUACUUUGAAAGAAAAUGAACAUGUAUUAUGUAAAUGUAGAGCCAUCACAGCCUUAACUCAAGUGUGUAUGUAAAUGUGUGCAUUAUUUUAACUCCUUCCAUUGUAUUCGAGGUUGACUAACUUCUAUCUAGUGUCUUGCUUUAGAUGCUUCAGAUACUAGCCUACCUCUUAACUCCAAUGCCUAUUUUGUCUUUUCAUAUGAUUUUGUUCAGCAGUCAAAUUAAAUUACCUGCAAGUUGUUUGCAUAUUUGUUUGCCAAUUUUGAAAAAGCCAUGUCCAUUUAUGAAGGAGGAGAAAAUGGAAGACAAUGUACUCAAAGACAGCAGACAAAGCUCUAUUUUAGAAAACUCAUAACAUGCUAUACCCGCAGUGGGUUGUUCAGUUAUGCAUACAGUGAGGUGUGCUUGCCUAUGAAAAUACACAGCUGUGUAUAUUGAAGGCAUGGGUAGUAGUGAGAAUACUUGAAAAUACUCUUAGCCUUUGAGGUAGUGUAGUUCGGAUACCAGUGUUGUACAGAAUUCCCUUUAAGACAAACUCCUCAGUUAUGAAUUUGUACUCCAAAGUGUGACUUAAAAAAUACUAUGAUCCAGGCGCAACUGUAUGUAAUAUAGAUAUGUACAUGUGAAAUCCACUGUUACCAAACCCUUUAUACACAGCAGUAGGAAAACCAAAAGGGAUUAUAGUGCACUUAGACUAGCUUUAACUUCUCCCAUCAUUAGCAAAAUAUGAAUUUUUGAGAAUGUCUUUUUUAAUUAUGCCGCUUAUUACACCUGAAAUUAAGCCCACAUUUUUCAUACCUUGGCUGAAAUUUCUAUCUCAAAUAGACUCAAUACACUGUGCAUUGUACAUUAUUAGAAAAUCUCUGUUUGAAAUACAUAAGCAGUGCAAAAUAUUAAUUUACUAUUCUGUCAAAAGCUGUCAUGUGUUUAUUAGAGGAAUUCAUUUCUAUCACUAUGGUUCAAUUCAAUUUGAUCAAGUUUACCAUGCAACCUUGUGUUAUGGUAUGAAUAAACUUAAAUGGGCUUAAAUGUAAAUGUGAUUUCAGAUUUAUACAUCUUAUUUGUUUGGAUAGAUUCUUAACAAACUGAUGGAGGAUUUGAUGAUGCUAGAUGCAGUUUUUCUUUUUGCGAGUGUUGCUGAAUUGUAGUUUUUCAGUAGGUAGUUGGGCUGCCCUCCCAAAGGGGCUGGCAGGUGUUUGCAUUUCUCUUGGGUUUUCUCAUGCCUUCUUCUAAGUUGUGUCUGUUUUGCUUUUUUAUUUGUUUUUGAUUAAUUUACCUAGAAAACAUUAUUAUUCAAAAAGUUGUUUGUUUGGUGUAUUUAUUACUCUUCAAAUGGAUAAGAGGACAGUUAAAUUUAGAUUUUGGGGGGUUAUGACUUUUGUUUUUCUGUUUUUAUUUGUAUAUUGUGUCAUUUUUCAAGCCAGCAAGCCGAUGUGAAAGCUCUACCUCGUCUGAGCCAGUUCUGUUACACUUUUUGUAUAUCAUUUCAAAAAGAUGUAAUGUCAUGUCCACAAUAAAGACACACAAAAUGGCA